ACGUCAACCGUGCCACUCAGCCGAUUGCAGCUCCAACCAUUCGCCUCACUUUCAAGACGGCUCUUGAACUCCUUUCCAUCGCCCUGUCGGCUUACCCACCAUAAUGUCUACGUACUACCAUUUCAACGCCCACCAGCAGCUUCCAACGCCCGCAACAGCGGCCGCCGUCUCGCACAGCCACCAUGGCGGGCGGAAUCGUCGGGCGCCAAAAUUAUCCGUCGCGCAGAACCCACAAAAGCAAUUCCGCGGCGUCAGGAGUAUGAAAGAGCUCACCGAAACUGCAAACCUUGCAGCCUUCCGCAUGCGAUUUGAAGCUGUGCGGUCGUUUGACCUGGAAGAUGACAUGGAGUUCUGCCCGGGCCUGUUGACCGAGAGCGAUCUUGUGUCGAUUCAUAGCUCGUCUUCGGAGCGUUCGUCUUUGGCGAGCAACUCCCCGCAAAGCUCUCCGACUCAGCAGCCUACCCAAGUUGCCUCGGGCUUUUCGCUGCACUCUUCCUCCCCGGCUUUCAUCCCUCCGACGUACCACAGCCAACAGUCGACCUUGAAAAUUCACCAGCCUUCUGCCACUCGCGCCCGCAACGCGAUUCCCAUCAUCAACCCCGCUACUGGCAUCUCCAUGUCGAGCCCGCCACCCUCAGUGUCACCCCCAAGGAUGCAGCAGCCCGUCGGCAGACGGUGGUAAGGUGGUGGCGACGUCUCGCUUCUGUGACGGCCAGACGAGAUUGAGCUAAUCCGAAACCCACCGUCGUCGUUGCAAAUGCGAUGCAUCUCAAUUUGCGCAUUCGCUCAUUUCAGCUGUUCAUCUUGGCGGGC